AUGUACACACUUCUUUCGGGCUUUUACAAGUACAUGGUUCAAAAGAAUGAGUAUUGUGUUUUAAUACUUGGCCUGGACAAUGCUGGUAAAACAACUUACUUAGAAGCAGCAAAAACUAAAUUCACUAAAAACUAUAAGGGAAUGAACCCUAAUAAAAUAACAACAACUGUGGGAUUGAACAUUGGUAAGAUUGAUGUUUCUGGAAUUCGACUUAAUUUUUGGGAUCUUGGAGGCCAAGAGGAAUUACAAUCCCUUUGGGAUAAGUAUUAUGCAGAAUCUCAUGCUGUAAUAUACAUUGUUGACUCCAAUGACAGGGAAAGAAUUGAUGAAUCAAAAGAAACAUUUGAUAAGAUGAUAGCUAGUGAAAAUUUAAUUGGUGUUCCUCUAUUAGUGUUGGCAAAUAAACAAGAUAUAGUUGAUUGUAUGGGUGUAAGGGAAGUCAAGCCCAUAUUUAAGAAAAAUGCUCAUAUGAUCGGCCGAAGGGAUUGUAUGGUCAUGCCUGUAUCAGCCCUUAAUGGAGAUGGGGUCGAUGAAGGUAUCUUAUGGCUGGUUGAUAGCAUUAAAAGAAACAGCCAUAUAAGGCCACCAAGAAAUCAUGAUGAAAUGUGA